AUGCCGCCGUCGUCGCCCUCGCCCUCGCUCUCGCUGGCAGCGGCGCCGCCCGGUGGCGGCGCACAAGCGGCCUACUGCUCGACGGCGGACUGCUACGGCCCGUCGUCGGGCUCGUUCCCGGUCAGGCAGACCUCGCCAUCGCCGCCGACGCCGGCGCCGCUGGUCACGUCCGUCUCCUAUCCGCAGCUGCCGCACGCCGCGCCCGCGUCAUCUUCAUCGGCCGCGUUCGAGCCGUCGGCGCCCUCGCCCUUGUCGAGCUCGGGCUCGGUCGCGACGACGUCGGGCAGCGGCGGCGCAGCGCUGCUGCCGUCGCUGCGCCGCUACAACACGACGUCGAUGCUUGAGGCGAGCCGCCAGCGGGAGCGGGAGAAGGAGCAGGAGGCCCAGCAAGCGCUCGAGCGCGAGCGCAGGGCCAUCGUCGGCAACAUUACCGCCCUGCCCCAUACAUUCCAGACCGCGGUCGAUCAGAUGUCAAUCAAGGACUUGAAGGCACUGCAGGAGCAGUUCGGCUCGCUCACGCUUACGACGGCAGACACCAAGAUCGCCAUCAACGAUUUCGCGUCCAAUACCGGCUUCCGUCCCGACAGCACCCUCGUGAGGUUCUUGUUCCAGCUGUUCGAUGUCGACAAGAAUGGGUUCAUCACCGAGGUCGACUUCCUCAGCAGCAUGUCCUUCUUCAUGAAAGGAGCCAGGAAGGAUAAGCUCGAAUGGGUGUUCGACACGCUCGAUUCGAACAACGACGGCGUCAUCGACGAGAUGGAGCUCAACGACGUCAUCCUCUCCAUGUACCAGACGCUGUCGUCGCUGGGAAUCACCGUGUCGAUGACCGCCCUCAUGCCGUUCCUCUCGGAACUCUUUGCCGCAGUGCCCGUCAAUGGCAAGCUGCACCAGACCAUGACCAAGGAGCAGUUCGUCCAGCUGGAGGAAACCCGGCCUCGUCUCCUCCAGGGGCUGGGGCUCUUGAACUGCGAGGGGCCGGAGAAGCGGGUGGGCAAGCGGGGCACGCCCGUGUCGCUCAUCGGGGCCUCGUGGAAGACCUGCUUCUACCUCAUGCUGGGCCUCCGCAUCUCCAUACAAAUGGCCAACGGCGAUCCCACCGGCGAGCCCUCCACGGCCGAUUUCAAGGCCGUGACCACGUUCGAGCUCGCCAAGACGGACAUGACCAAGGCCGAGACGUGGACCUUCACAGACUACGCCCCGCUGGUGUUCAAGAGGUUCCGCGCCAUGUGCGGCAUCGAUGAGUCCGAAUACCUCCUCGCCCUCGGUACCCAGACCAAUCCGCUACUGUUGGUGUUGGGCAAUCUGCUCCGCGGCGAUCUGUCCACUCCCUCGGUCCAGCUGUCGGACGGCAAGUCGGGCAGCUUCUUCUACUACAGUCACGACGGUCGGUUCCUGGUCAAGACCAUUCCGCUGGACGAGUGCACGUCCCUCUUCCAGAUUCUCCAGGGCUACUACGAGCAUUUCCAACGCUAUCCGGGCUCGCUCAUCGGACGCUUCUUCGGGCUGCACAAGAUCAACCAGACGGCGUUCGUGGUCAUGGAGAACGUGUUCCAGACCAACAUCCCCAUCCACCGCGUCUACGAUCUCAAGGGUUCCACUGUGAAUCGAAGCACGGCGCAGGGCGAGAGUGUACAGAAGGACAUGGACCUCAACCAUCUCUUUUUGUUCGACGCCGAGACGAGGAAUCAGCUCGUGAGCCAGGUCCACAAGGACUCGGACUCUUCGCUCUUUGUCCACUUGCAGUUCCUGCGCGAGCGGAACCUGAUGGACUACAGCCUGCUGGUGGGCAUCCAUUUCCUCAACUAUCCCGACAUCGAAUGCCGGCCAGUCGACCCGGGACUCAAACCCAAAGUGUCUGGAAGCGACGCUCUGGCGCCGGUGGAGGAGAACGCACCGUUCUUCCGCAGAGACUACGGCGGCAUCCAGGGGCGCAAGAAGAACGGGACGCCGCUGGGCGAGAUCUACUUCAUCGGCAUCAUCGACAUCCUCACCACCUACAGCUACGGGAAGAGCGCCGAGAACUUUGUCAAGAGUCUCUUUGUCAACAAGCAUGCGAUCUCGGCCGUGCCGCCGGACGAGUAUUCUGCACGAUUCAAGAACUAUGUCAGCACCAUCUUCGAGUGA